ACAGUGACAUAAAAAGAACCGAACAGAAACUUCAAGCAACCGCCGAGGAUUAUCACGUCUUUUUGUGUUGAUUAAAUAAACAAUUAAAUACUCGAAGAGUAUAAAGUUUCAGUACAAAAAAUAAAAACUAAAUUAAAAAUAAAAUGGGUGUCGAUAUCUUGGGUUUCGCGUACGCCGCUACCGUCGCUGCCGGUGGAAUUAUGGGUUACGCUAAAGCAGGAUCUAUACCGUCCUUGGGAGCUGGUCUCAUCUUCGGUUCCAUUUUAGGUGUUGGAGCAUACCAGCUCAGUCAAGACGCCUCAAACUACACUCUCAUGUUGGGCACCACGUCUGCUCUCGGCGGUCUUAUGGGUUACAGGUACUACAACAGCAGGAAGUUCAUGCCAGCAGGUCUAGUUUUCUGUCUGUCCGUUGGUAUGCUGGCUAAAAUAGUCUUCAAACAUGUUGGUGCACAAACCCCGCUCGCUACGAAAGGAUAAUCACGAUAAUAAACCUUUUUAUUUCCAAACUCUUUGGGCAACAUUCGAUGAAAUUUGAAAAUAGAAGAGAAACUGGCCUGAAAUGAAAUAAAAAGGUUUUAUUUUUUAAGUGAACCAGUGAUUACAUUUAUUUGAAAUGGUUUGGACUGUUAUUUGAAUACAUUUUUUUUUCAAUGUUAAAAUGUCUGUAACUUUAUUUUUAAAUUUACCUAUGAUACGUUUUUGUAUAUUUUGUAGGGUAGAUAUGGCGCUGCACAAAAUAAGUGCAAUAAUAGGCAUGAUGACAGUAAUCAAAAAUCAUUAAAAUAAUAUAUUUAUUAAAUUAAACUUGAAGCUUGGAAUAUAAAACGCGCAUUGUUUUCUUUAUUAAUAAUGUGAUUAAUAUGUAUUUUGAUAAAAUAAAAUUACGAAAUAAGGCAAUCCGCCAUGAUAUCUUGAACACCAAUCAGAGCUCGUGACGUCAUUUCUCAAAACAACUCGCGCGAAAGCGCGCGAACGUCACAUUUCGUUAUUGUGAACUUCCACUGCGAUCUUUGUUUUUAAUUAAUUAAUUGUUUAUAACACGAGUUAUGGAGCCCGGAUUAAGUUAAUUUGCCUAGAAUUGAUAUCAUAAUGCUGGGAAAGUUUUUGGCAUCAAAUAAAGAUUUUUGUUCAGCUGAAUUUAGAAAUGUUAAAACUUCCACGUAAGUAUACUAGUUUAAUUAAAAAACAAUGAGAGAUGAAACCUAACCUCGAAAUAGUUAUUUACAUUAUAAACUAUGCUAGAAUCUAGAGAACUAUGUAAUAACUUACAUCAAAGUGAUCUUCACAAAAAUAAAGUUGUACCCUGGGCAAUAUUGCUUUUGAAUCUCGCCUUGCAAGUUUAAGCCACUUGUUUCGUAUUUUUUUAUUGUGAGGAACGUACACAAAUAACUCAUCAGGAGUUGUUUUGGAUGUGUUCUUACACUGGGGGACCCCACAACACCUAUGCCCUUUCGAAUUCAUUAUUUAAUAACACAAAAAACUUAAUUAUUGCACGAGCGUUGUUUACUUGCGUCUUGUAAUUUCAGUCGUGACGUCACAAGUGACGACAUGACACUGACAAGCGUUUUCGCGCCGGAUUCAAAGUGGACAGAGAAAAAUGCAAUUAUUUGAUAAAAAAACUUCGCAUUUUCUUAAAAUUAAUAAUUUUUCAUAUAAAAUAGAGGUAUACCUACAUCAUACAAAGGAAUUUAAAAAUUUGUCAUCAUGCCUAUUAUGUGUUCAAUUGUUUGCGUUGACAGUUUAAUUUAUACCCAUUGUUUAUACCGAUUUUGUAAAACUUAGUUAGGUACAAGUUAAGUAUGAUUUUGUAAAUGGUGUUGGGAA